GGUGACUUCACUGGCCCCGUCACCUUUGCUCAGUUCUCUUCAUGAGUCACUGAAGGGCAGCCGCGACAAAGACAAAAGUAAGGCUAUGAGAUGGCAAGGAAGCUCAGUUUGUUGGAAGCCCUUUUGAUUGCCUUCGAUGUAAUUGUAGUCAUCGCAGAUGUCCUCUUGCUGAUUCUCCUACUGGAAAACCCUUCAGAUUCUUCAUUUACUCCGGAGUGCCCCGAGAUCUCCCAAUCAGAAAGGAUAGACUGUGCACCUGGCCGGGUGGUGACAGAGGAAGUCUGCAGACAGCAGCUGAAGUGCUGCUGGAGCCCUGUGGCCGAUGCAGCUGUCCCCGUGUGCUUCUUCCCCAGGAACUGGGGCUACGAAGUCAGCGACGGCAUCAGAGACACAAGCACAGGUUUCACUGCUCAGCUGACAAGGGUGCCAUCCCCAUCUCUGUUUGGAAAUGAUGUCCUCAACGCUCUCUUCACGGCUGAAAAUCAGACACCCAGUCGUUUUCGCUUUAAGAUCACCGAUUCCAAUAACAUGCGCUACGAAGUCCCUCAUGAAAACAUUAAGACGCUUAAUGGGACUGCUGAUCCUUCCAGUCUGAGCUAUCGUGUGGAGGUCACGGAUAAACCCUUCAGCCUCAAAAUACUGAGGACAAGCAACCAGCGAGUCUUGUUGGACACGAGCAUUGGGCCCCUCCAGUUUGCCCACCAGUACCUCCAGCUGUCGUUCCGACUGCCUAGCGCCAACGUGUAUGGGCUAGGGGAGCAUGUGCACCAGCAGUACCGCCACAACAUGACCUGGAAGACCUGGCCCAUCUUCACCCGGGACACCACGCCCACGGCGGGCAUGAUUAACUUGUAUGGAGCUCAUACCUUCUUCUUGUGCCUAGAGGACACCAGUGGCUUCUCGUUUGGAGUUUUUCUGAUGAACAGCAAUGCCAUGGAGAUCACCCUUCAGCCUGCUCCUGCCGUCACUUACCGAACAAUUGGGGGCAUUCUCGACUUCUAUGUGUUCCUGGGAAACACUCCAGAACAAGUGGUUCAGGAGUACUUGGAGUUGGUUGGGCGGCCAUUCUUGCCUUCCUACUGGAGUCUUGGGUUCCAGCUUAGUCGAAGGGAUUACGGAGGCAUCCAUGGAUUGAGAGAGGUGGUAGACCGGAAUCGCAGAGCUGGGAUUCCCUAUGAUGUCCAGUAUUCUGACAUAGACUACAUGGAUGGAAAGAAGGAUUUCACUAUUGAUGAAGGAGCUUACCCUGGCCUCUCAGAUUUUGCCAAGGAGUUACAUGACAAUGGACAGAAGUACAUGAUUAUUAUGAAUCCUGGCAUCUUCAGGAGCCCUGAGUACACAGCCUAUAACAAUGGAAGCCUAAAGAGAGUAUGGAUCUUGGAUAACCAUGGCUUUGCUGUUGGGGAGGGGUACCCUGGACCAGCAGUCUUUCCUGACUACAGCAAUCCCGAGGGCACUCAGUGGUGGACGGAGCAGCUCACUGAGUUUCAUAACCAGCUAGAGUUUGAUGGAGUGUGGAUUGAAAUGGAUGAAGUGUCCAGCCUUCUCCAAGGUUCUGGUCAUGAGUGUGAAUCAAACAGGUUGAAUUCUCCACCUUUCACUCCCAGAGUCCUGGGCGGUCGGCUCUCUGAAAGGACCCUCUGCAUGGACACAGAGUUUCACUCCGGUCUUCACUAUGACGUCCACAGCUUGUAUGGCUACUCCAUGGCCAGAGCCACAGACUCGGCCAUGGAGGCUAUCUUUCUAAAUAAUAGGAGCUUCAUAUUAUCCCGCUCAACUUUUGCUGGAUCUGGAAAAUUUGCUGCUCAUUGGCUUGGGGAUAAUGCGGCUGCAUGGGACGACCUCCGGUGGUCCAUCCCCAGUAUCCUGGAGUUCAACCUGUUUGGUAUCCCCAUGGUAGGUGCCAACAUCUGUGGUUAUUUUGGAAAUGUCUCGGAGGAGCUCUGUAGAAGAUGGAUGCAGCUGGGAGCAUUUUAUCCACUCUCGAGGAAUCAUAAUGGGCCUGGGUUCAUGGACCAGGACCCUGCUGCCUUUGGUGAUGACUCCUUGCUGUUGAAUUCCAGCAGACAUUACCUGAACAUUCGCUACACCCUGCUGCCCUAUCUCUACACCCUCUUCUACCGUGCUCACACGCUGGGGGAGACGGUGGCAAGGCCCCUGGUACAUGAGUUCUACCAGGACCCAGCCACAUGGGAUGUCCAUGAGCAGUUCUUAUGGGGGCCUGGGCUCCUCAUCACACCUGUCUUAUAUGAAGGUGUGGACCAAGUGAAAGCGUACAUACCAGAUGACAUCUGGUACGAUUAUGAGACAGGAGUGGCCAUGCAAUGGAGGAAACAGUUGGUAGAUAUGCUACUCCCAGGUGAUAGCAUGGGACUUCACCUUCGAGGAGGCUACAUAUUUCCCACCCAGCAGCCAGACGUAAAUACAGAGUCCAGCCGGAAGAAUCCACUGGGGCUCAUCAUCGCCUUGGACUACAAGCGAGAGGCAAAGGGGGAGCUGUACUGGGAUGAUGGUGAAUCUAAAGAUGCUGUAACUGAAAGGAAAUACAUUCUGUAUGACUUCUCUGUUACCUCUAACCGUCUACAGGCCAAGAUUCUAAAUAAUAAUUACGAGGACCCUGACAGCCUCAUGUUUACAGAUAUCAAAAUCUUGGGAAUGGACAAGGAGCCAACUAAUUUUAGUGUCAUAUUUAAUAAUGCUGUCACCUCCAUUUCAAGUGUCACCUACAGUGCUUCAACAAAGGUGGUGACCAUCACUAAUCUCCAGGGCCUGGUACUGGGACAGGAAUUCUCCAUCGAGUGGGCUCUUCCAGUCAAUGAUCUAGAAAAGUUCAACUGCUACCCUGAGGAUCCUGCUGUCUCCGAGGAGAAUUGCAGGUUGCGGGGGUGUCUUUGGGAGCACACAACUACUCCUGGUGUGCCCACCUGCUUCUAUGACACCACCCCUAACUACGCCGCCAGUAACGUUCAGUACCUGUCCACGGGCAUCACUACAGACCUUACCCUCUUGGAGGCCCCAGAAUUGGCUCGAGCGGUGGAGCUGGCUCUGCCGUUGCCACUGGGAGCUGUGCAUCCCCAGCCUGAAGCAGCUACCACCGCGGAUCCUGCUUCUCUCUCUGCAAAGAUCAGCAACCUCGUGCUGACUGUGACCUACCACACAGAAUACAUGCUGCAGGUCAAGAUCUACGAUCCCACUAAUAAAAGAUACGAAGUACCAGUACCCCUAAAUACCCCUCCCUCGCCGGUUGGCUCCCCUGAAAACCGCCUGUAUGAUGUCACGAUUCAGACCAAUCCUUUUGGAAUUCAGAUUCGACGCAAAAGAUCCAGCACUGUAAUUUGGGACUCUCAGCUGCCCGGCUUCACCUUCAACGACCAGUUCCUCUCCAUUUCCACUCGCCUCCCCUCACAGUACAUCUAUGGCUUUGGGGAGACCGAGCACACAGCUUUCAGAAGAAACAUGAGCUGGCAUACGUGGGGAAUGUUUGCUCGCGAUGAGCCCCCGGCGUACAAGAAGAAUUCCUAUGGUGUGCACCCCUACUACAUGGGCCUGGAGGAGGAUGGCAGUGCCCACGGAGUGCUCCUGCUGAACAGCAACGCCAUGGAUAUAACACUGCAGCCCACUCCUGCCCUGACGUACCGCACCACAGGAGGGACUUUGGACUUCUAUAUCGUUUUAGGGCCAACCCCUGAACUUGUAACUCAGCAAUACACUGAGUUGAUCGGUCGGCCAGCAAUGACUCCAUACUGGGCCUUGGGAUUCCAGCUGAGUCGCUACGGAUACCAGAAUGUUGCUGAAAUCGCCAGUUUGUAUGAUGCAAUGGUGGCAGCCCAAAUUCCUUAUGACGUCCAACAUGUAGACAUGGAUUACAUGGACCGGAAACUGGACUUCACCCUCAGCCCCAGCUUUCAAAACCUGAGUCUGCUGAUGGAGCAAAUGAAGGAAGAUGGCAUGAGAUUCAUACUUACUCUGGACCCAGCCAUUUCUGGUAAUGAGACACAGUACCUCACGUUCACUAGAGGACAAGAAAAUGAUGUGUUUAUCACAUGGCCUGACACGAGUGACAUUGUCUGGGGAAAGGUUUGGCCAGAGCUGCCCAAUGUAAAUGUGAAUGGAUCUCUUGACAAUGAAGCUCAGUGGUCCAGGGCCCACGUUGCUUUUCCUGAUUUCCUGAGAAAUAGCACAGCUGCGUGGUGGAAGAAAGAAAUACAAGAGCUCUACACAAACCCUCAGGAGCCAGAGAAGAGCUUGAAAUUUGAUGGGUUGAGGAUUGACAUGAACGAGCCAUCAAACUUUGUGGAUGGAUCUGUCAAUGGCUGCCGAAAUGAUAUUCUUAAUAAUCCACCCUAUGUGCCAUACCUGGAGUCCAGGGGCACGGGCCUGAGCAGCAAGACCCUGUGCAUGGAGAGUGAGCAGAUCCUGCCAGACGGCUCCCGAGUGCGGCACUACGACGUGCACAGCCUGUACGGGUGGUCCCAGACCAGACCCACCUACGAAGCCGUGCAGGAGGUGACGGGACAGCGAGGGAUCGUCAUCACCCGCUCCACGUUCCCCUCUUCUGGCCGCUGGGGUGGACACUGGCUGGGGGAGAACACAGCGGCGUGGGACCAGCUGGGGAAGUCUAUCAUUGGUAUGAUGGAGUUCAGUCUCUUUGGAAUACCUUAUACAGGAGCAGACAUCUGUGGGUUCUUUGGAGAUGCUGAAUAUGAGAUGUGCAUUCGCUGGAUGCAGCUGGGGGCCUUUUAUCCAUUUUCCAGGAACCACAACACCAUCGGGACGAGGAGACAAGAUCCUGUGGCAUGGAACUCAACCUUUGAGAUGGCCUCACAAAAAGCCCUGCAGAUCAGAUACUCCUUGCUGCCUUAUCUCUACACGCUGAUGUACAAGGCUCACGUGGAGGGCAGCACUGUCAUCCGACCUCUUCUCCACGAGUUUACAAACGACAGCACAACGUGGGAUAUAGACCAACAGUUCAUGUGGGGCCCUGCCAUCCUUAUCAGCCCUGUGCUGGAAAGUAACACUUUUGCGAUCCGUGCCUAUUUCCCUCAAGCCCUUUGGUAUGACUACAGCACGGAGUCUGGAAACAACUCGACAGGCGAGUGGAGAAUCCUGCAGGCUCCCCUUGACCACAUCAAUCUUCAUGUCAGAGGAGGCUACAUCCUGCCUUGGCAAGAACCUGCAGUUAACACUCACUCCAGUCGGCAAAAAUUUAUGGGAUUAAUUGUUGCAUUGGAUGACAACGGGGAAGCUGAGGGUGAGCUGUUCUGGGAUGAUGGACAAAGCAUCGAUACCUAUGAAAAUGGAAACUAUUUCUUGGCAAACUUCACAGCAGCUCAGAACAUCUUACAAAUCAAGACCGUAUACAAUAGGUUUUUGAGUGACUCAAAUCCACUUAAUGUUGGAUAUAUUAGAAUCUGGGGUAUGAACUCUGGUCAUGUAAAUCAAGUCAAUUUCACCUAUAACAACGAGCUAUUCAUGGAGAUGAAUUUUAGGAGUGACCCUUAUAAUCAGACACUAACAAUUCAAUGGACCGACAAGAAUAUCAGCCUGGAAAAGUUAACUGAGGUUAUUUGGACUUAUGGUGAUCCUAUACAUCCUACUUCUGCUAUGACAAGUACCUUUCCAAUAAGUUCUCAUCCAUCUCCAGUGACUACAAAGACUACUAGUUUUGAGACUAUCACUAGUUCUACUACUGCAAAUACUGCUGUUAGUACUACUGAUGCAACAACUGGUACAGGAGUUACUAAUGCACCUACUCUGUAUCCUACAAGCACCAGUUCUACUGUUCCCAGUAUAACCACUCCUUUCCCCACAAGUACUAUCGAUGCAACAACUAGUGGCCUUGAUAAAACCACUUCUUUCCCCAUAAGUACAUUUGAUGCUACAAGUAGUACCAGUGUUCCUGACACAACCACGCUUUACCCACUUUUGACUACUACUGAUAUCAAUAGUGCAACUGUUCCCACAAAAACAACUCCUUUGACCAUAAUUACUACAAAUCCAACAACUGUUACAAGAGAUCCUGGAACAAAUACUCCUUCACCUACAAAUAGUGCUACAGACAGCACCAGCGCUACCAUUUCUAUCGUUACUCCUUUCCCCACAAAUACUAUUGAGGUUACAACUAGUGCUACUUCUGCUGGUACAUCUGUUCCUACUGCCUCCAAUACUACUAUUGUAAGUAGUAAUACCACUGUUAUUACUAAUAUCACCACUCCUUCCUCCACAAGCCCUAGUAAUGAUAGCACAAGUACUGUUUUAUCCAAUGUGACUGCUUCUUACUCUACAGUUACUACCAAUAUUAAUACUAAUGCUACUACUCCAGUCACAGUCCUUCCUUUUCCAACAAGUACUACUGAUGCUAGCAUUACUAUUACUAUUACAAAUAUAACUGUACCUUUCCCUACAUGUUUUACUACUAGUAACUCUAAUGAUACUGUUACAAUCUCAGCUAUUUUUGUGGCAAAUAGUUCUGAUCCUAUCAAAAGUACUGCUGUUGAAUUUACCACUACUUCCCCUAUAACAAGUCUCAAUGAUGUUAGCAUUAAUGUUAUUACUUCUAAUUUAACUAUUUCUUUCUCUAUAAGUACUACUAAUGUUAGGACCUGUACUAAUGAUUCUAGCAUUACCACUCCCUCUGAUCUGAGUACUUAUGGUACUAGCCCUAAUGCUACUCUUCGAAUUACGGCUACACCUUCUACAAUGACUGGUGCUCAUGCUACUAGCCCUAGAUUCUCUAUUAGGACUAUUUCUUUCUCUUAAAGUACUGAUGCUGUGAAUGGUACUGUUGUUAUGAUAACUACUUCUCCUCUAAGCAUUGAUGUUACUAGUACUACUACUGAUGCUUCUAUUACAAAUACAUGACUCCCUAUAGUGUCUGGUAAUGAUUGCACUAGUAAUAUUAUUUCUAUAGUGACAACUCCUUCUCCUACUAAUACUCGUGCUGCUAGCACUGAUCCUCUUUCUGGUGUGACUAAUCCUUUUUCUACAAGUACAAGUGCUGCUAGCAUUGGCAAUAUUGAUCCUGUUGUGACUACUCCUUCUUCUAUUGAUACAAAUAAUACUGUGUCUGAUAUGACUACUCAUUAUCAAACUCCUCCCACCACUCCUACUCCUAUUCUUACUUCUAUCCUCUUUUCUACUGCCCCAAUUUUGAGCACAUUUCCAACAACAAGUACAUUUGCUACUUAUAUAAUCACUAAUUUUACUACAUCUACUAAUGAAAAUAGCACUAAUUUUAACACUCCAGAUACAAAAACUACCAUGAUAAUAGAUGCUGUAGUUGCUGCUACCAGUAACAAAUAUAUUACCAUGAGUCCAGAUACAGCAGUUACUUCUACAGCCAAAUUCACCACACAUACACUUCCCAAUCCACACAUGACACCAUUCACUAUUCCACAUUCUGCUACUGCUAAAACCACCUCCUUAGAUCACACCACAUUGACUCCCACAAAUUGUUCUAAUCUAGGUACCAAUAAUAAUACUAUCACAAUAAAUAUUACUGAUAUGGGUGACUCUAGCAGUAUUAUAGGUAACACUGUACACACUUAUAUUCCAAAUAUCACAAUAGCUUCAGACAAGAUAUCAGCUACUGUUCUAGAUAAAGAAACUCACCAUCUGAUACCUCUAAGUUAUAGAGGUAUAACAGUUGUUAUAUCUGUAAAUGCUGCAUUGUGAGAAUAUAUUCCUUAGUUCCUACCAUUCCUGUUAGAACAAUAUGGGAUGCUACUCCAUCUACUUAUAUUGUAAAUGCCAUAAAUGAUACUCUUUAACCAUUAGAGAAAACCAGUAGAUAUGGAAUUUCAUGAUACCUAUGUUUUUGCAAAUAUAAGUACUCUAACCAUAACAUUUAUGGCUACUCUAAGCUCUGCAGAAUUGUAGAUAAUUGAGAUUGCAUCAGUUGCAUGUUUUUAAGUUUCUUAAUCAGAACUUCUUCAGUAAACUCUUAGUUAAAACCAGAUCUGGUGGAUUGUGAAAGUUCAGCCCCGGGACAGUAUUCCCAAAUGUGAUCCCAGGACAUUUUCCAGGAAGCAUAAGGUCAAAUAUAUGUUCAUAAUAACACUAAGCUGUUAUUUGCCUUUUAUGUCUGUCCUCCCAUUGGUAUACAGUGGCAUUUUCCAGGGACUCUAUGCUGUGUGGUGUCACAGUAGAUGAAUAUUGAAACAGAUACAAGAGUCUAGCUGUCUUCUAUUAAACCAAACAUUAAACGGAUUUCUUUUAAAAUAUUAUUUAAGUUAUACAAGCUUCAUAUAUUUCACAUAUAUAGAUUUAGGAACAUAGUGACACUCCCCCCCACCCCAGCCCCAACCCUUCUUCCUCCUCCCUCUCACAUGCCUUAAUUUUUACAAAGGUCUAUUUACAGUUUACUUAAUGAUAAAAGUGUGAGACAAGUCCAUUCUUACUGAUUGCUUUUUGUUUUGUAAAAUGUUUAUUUUUCACAAGAUAUAUUAUUUAUGUUAACACAUAAUAGGUAUAUUGUUAUUUUCAAUUAAUUAAA